AAUUUGACCGUCAUUUCUGACAUUUUCUGUUGCCAGCUGAUAAAAUAACCUCUGCCACUCGUAAAAAUGACGAGCAAAUAUUUUUGACGCAGUUGGACUAAGAUCGCACAAAUUAUUUCAACUGAAAGAUUGGGUUUAGCAUUGAGUAUAAUCGAAGAAUCUGCCCAAUGAAUAAUCAAACGAACGGAACAGACACCACCACAACUUCGCAUUUCCAAUGGAUAUCGGAGGAUAUGAGGAUACUCUUCGACAUCAUCUAUAUUAUGAUCAUAUGUGUCGGGCUGGUCGGAAACGUCCUUGUUAUUCUAGCAGUGACCAAGGUACCCUCGAUGAAAACCGUCACAAAUAUGUUCAUUGGGAACUUGGCGUGUGCUGAUUUGAUUGUCACAGUCAUAUGCUGCCCUUUGGUGUUGACCCACAUGUUAACGUAUCCUGAUUGGGGGUUGGGCGAGGGCAUGUGCUACUUCUCGAAUUUUUGCAUUCAUCUUUCGUUAAGUGGAUCCGUGCUCGGACUGCUGGCAAUCAGCAUGGACCGAUACCUCGCAAUCGCGCACCCGCAAAAACAGUGGAUGACGUUACGCAAGGUAAACGUGUUCAUAGUCGUCACGUGGUUAGUGUCCAUAAUGCUCUCUGUCCCCUCGGUGUUGAUUCGGCCUGACACAAGUUCCCUCAGUCGGCUUUCGGAUGUGUGUCUGCAGGUUUGGCGGGGAUCCGAAGAGACAAAACGCUUCGAGAUGAUAAAAGCUCUACUUUUCCUCAUCGUCUUCAGUCUCAUCGCGUUUUUCUAUUACGGAAUCGGACGCAUUUUAUGGAAGCGUAAAAUUCCCGGAAACCAAACUUCCGAGAAUCAGGAAGCCGCGCAAAAGGCACGAAAAAAGGUAGUAAAACUACUCUUAAUCGUCCUAUUCUGUUUUUUGGGUUGCUGGGCUCCAUUUAUGAUUUACAGGCUUCUCAAAAUGGUUCUACCCGAUGGCAAAUUCGACCCCCCGGAAGCCGUGUACACCGGAACAACGGUUCUUGCAAUGACGAACAGCUCGAUGAAUCCGGUUUUGUACGCCCUGUUCAACCGGAAUUUUCGUAUGGCAUUCCGCAAUAUUUACAGGAGAUUCUGGAAUAAUCAAGUGCUGCCUCUGCCAGAGGAAUUUUCUGUCGCUCGGACUUUUGAUGGAACCAGAGAACGACGAACCCGUUUAACCGUAUUGGGUAAUCUGGUACCGAGAAAGAUAAGUCGUAUAGCACCAUCAAAAUAGCACUAUAUUCAUAUAUUUCUGUUGAAUUACUAGUGAGUGCGUCAGACCGAAAAGGGUGAAGAGUACCUACUAUGAUGACAAUUCAACCAACCGGCUUAUUGGAUAAACCUGUAAACCGCGAUCCGUCGCAAGUUCGACUCUCACCUUUUCAACACAAAUGCAGAUAGUGCAAUUACUCGAGCGAUUGAAGCCAGUGCUAAAUUUGGUGUCUCUAAGUUUUAAGAAGAAAUAUUUCACUGAAUGUUGUGCUGUACAUCAAAAUGAAGCAAUUGAACAACGCUGCCUGGGGUAGAAAUUUCAAAACUUAAAGUGAGAUAUUCAAAAGAUACAAAUUGAAAUGUGAAUUGUCUAUGAUUUGCCUUUUUUUGCCGAAUAAUAUUCUAGCUCUUGUUCUUUUUUGGUUAAAGUCACAACAUUUUGAGCUAUCAAUAUGGCUGAUUUUAGUUACAAAAAAUAUGAACUUUCUAAGGGGUUCCACAAGGAAAUAUCUUAGGUCCACUUAUUGUUCCUUUUAUAUCAAUGAUCAC